AUGUCAGCUGCCAGACUAGAUGGUCCUUUAUUUUCUUACAGAAAAGAACUCAAGAAGGCGCUGUGGGACUACACAGCAGACACCCUCACUGACAUCAACACAGUGAGAAAAUUUUGUGGCAGUGUGUCUAAAUGGAUGCUUGGGAGGGAAUCAGAGCUGGUCACUUUGAUAGACAUCAAAGAGAGAGCCGACGACAUCGACCUUAACUUCAAACAUGUUACCCAGUCGGAGAACAAGGGAGAAGCCUUUAAGAAAUUUGUGAAGAGCAAGAAGAAGGUAGACAGCAGACGUGAGGAGCUGAAGAAGGAGCUGUCCGCGGUGCUGAAGGACACCCUGGUGGAGCUGGAGAACCUCCACCACUUCCUGGAUGCAGUGGAGAAGCUGGCGGCUACCUCUCUUCAUGUGUUUAUGGAGGACAGGCAGGUGGUGUUACCCCUGCCAGAGGGGGUCAGCUUAGAGGAUGUCCAGGAUGUCAUCGUUGCAGCACGGCGGAUCUGCCCUCUGCUCCUCGAGUUUAAAAGAGAUGAAGAAGCCUUCUUCCUCCCUAAACUGCAGAAUGUGGAAGUGCUUGCAUAUCAGCUGGACAGAUACAUCCAGACCACCCAGAAGAUCUGUGCGAUGUUAAAGAAAAGAUCUGUGAGUCACUUUACUCUGAAGAUACCUCCAUAUCUCUCGGGAUCUGUGGAUGCAGGUUUGUCAGAAGACAACACACAGAGGAUGUUGGAUCACAUCGAUCAGCUGAAGGAAAUCAGGAUGAACCAAAACUUCCGUUUGGUUUUCUUGUUUGAUGAUGAAGUCUGCUCUGUCUUCCUCAAUGAGUUCAGCGAUCGUAAACCCCGCCUUCUGCAGUCUCUGGAGGAGCUAGAGGAGGUCGCCGUCAAGCUUGACUCCAUGAAUAAGAGAGCGAAGAUCUCCAGUGUGGCGGGCAGCUCAGUUGGAGCGGUAGGAGGCAUACUCUCCAUUGUUGGUUUGGCGUUGAGUCCUGUAACAGCUGGAGUGUCUUUGGGUCUUACUAUGGCAGGUGUGGGGCUCGGUAUCACCAGUGGGGUUAAUGGGGCUGUCACCACUGCCACAGAGAUCGGGGUGAACAGCUCACAGCAAAAGAAAGCUGGUGAGGUCUUCCAGAGGAUCAUGAAGGACAUGCAGAGUCUCCAGGAUUAUCUGGAGGAGGCCAAAAUCGAGACAAGUCAUCUAGAUGUAGCUGUGGGAGUGGGCAGGGUGCUUUGCAAAGCUGGCGCCAUCGCAAAAGGCAUCGAUUCACUUGUUUAUGCUGCCUCUGCUUUUAAAGUGCUUGGUCAGGAAGGUAAAGCUGUAGUUACUGCUUCAAGGGUGGCUUCAGAUGUCCCAGAUAUCGGAAAGGCAGCAGCUAAAGGGCCUCUCAUCCUCUCCAAUGCCACUAGAGCCGGAUUAAUCGGGCUCAAUGCUGUUUUCCUGGGCAUGGAUGUCUUCUUCAUCUGCAAAGACGGCAUCAGUCUGGCCAAGGGGAGCGAGACUGAAUUGUCAAAGAUCAUCAGAGCCAGAGCUGAGCUUUGGCGCUCAGAGAUCGACGCAUGGGAGAAGAUGCAUGAUUCCCUAAAUGAUGGUCUGCUGAAAUCAGAGAAAAACAAAGCUAUCCUGGAGACGCCUUUUUACCCAGAGAUGUAA